UAAACAGGAAGUAAACAAAGAUGGCGCCGUCAGGAGCGCAGCAGAGACUUUUAGGAGAAUUUCAGGCGCUUUUUUUCUGCAUGAACCGUUUGUGUUCGUUUCCCUGGAAGCUUUUAGAGAACCACCUGCAGACCAGCGAGUCCUCAGAGUUCCUGUCAGAACUUCUGGAGCAGACCUGUCUUCAUCCUCUGUGCCAGAUGUUUCCACCGUCGGUCCGGUACCGUAGACUGUUCCUGUGUGAGCUCAUCAAACGGCAGGAAGCUGCAGCCUGUGACCCUCUGGACCAACUCUAUGACGCUCUGGCUGAGGUGGUGGGAGUCCAGGAGACCCCCGAGUGCUACAAGACCUACUUCCUGCCUGGAGGAGACACCAUCAGUCUGCAGGAGAACCAGGUUCUGAUCUCACAGGGAACAACUGGACUGGUGACCUGGGAGGCUGCUCUCUACCUGACUGAGUGGGUUCUGGAGAACCGGCAGCUUUUCACCGGCAGGUCGGUUCUGGAGCUGGGCAGCGGGGCCGGGUUGACCGGUAUCACCAUCUGUCGCUGCUGCGACCCGAACAGGUUCACCUUCAGCGACUGUCACGACUCGGUUCUACAGAACCUCAGAGACAACGUGCGUCUGAACGGUCUGAGCCAGCGGGACCGCCCCGUCGUCACAGUGGACCACCUGGACUGGACCAGCGCCACAGAGGACACCAUCAGAACCGACACGGUCAUCGCUGCAGAUGUGGUGUACGACCCUGACGUGGCCCAGAGUCUGGUCCAGCUCCUGGCCCACAUCCUGGACCCUCAGAGACCCGAGRACCACCCGCAGGUCUUCAUCUGCUCCACCGUCAGAAACCAGGAGACGUACGGCGGCUUCAAGCAGAGCCUGGAGGCAGCAGGCAUCAGGCACCAGGUCCUUUCUGGACCCGUCUCACAGGUCUUUCACUACAACAGACUGACGUCCAUCGAACUCAUCCAGCUGUUCAGAGACACACAACAAGCUGCAGCAGCAGAAUAAACAUUUUAUUUACAA